UCACGUUAUAGAACGUGACCAUAUAUUCUGCAUUCUUGUAAUUUCGGAAGAGUUACUUCAGUCGAAACAGCGAAAGAGAUGGGCGCAGAAUUUGCCUUCAAGUUCUUCCUCCUUUAUCUUCUGCUUGUUAUGUGUGUUGAUGGAAAAGGAGGAGCCAGGGAUGAUUCUCAAAGUGAAGGGAUGCAUGGAGAACCUGUUCAUGUUCAUGAUCAUCCAUCAUCCCAUAUGGAUCACAUGGAUCAUUCGCUGUUAGUGUUUUUCACCUUGAAUGAUCUAAAAGUGGGAAGAACAAUGCCCAUAAAUUUUCCGAAGAAGGACCCUUCAAAAUCUCCUCGCUUGUUGCCUAGAGAAGAUGCAAAUUCAAUUCCUUUUUCAUACGAAAAAUUGCUGUAUCUUCUUCAAUUCUUCUCCUUCUCUAAUGGAUCUCCCCAAGCCAUAGCUAUGGAAAAUACGAUUAGAGAAUGUGAGAUUAAACCCAUCAAAGGGGAAGUCAAAUUCUGUGCUACGUCCUUGGAAUCCAUGCUUGAUUUUGUGCAAGGUAUACUUGGCUUGGAGUCCCGGUUCAAAGUUGUGAGCACUACCUACCUUACAGAAUCAAGUAUCCUGCUCCAAAAUUAUACUAUCCGAGAAGUGCCAAAAGAGGUACCAGCUCCAAAGAUGGUAGCAUGUCACACUAUGCCUUACCCUUAUGCAGUUUUCUAUUGCCAUAGCCAGGAGACUAAGAACAAGGUGUUUAUGGUCUCACUAAUCGGUGAGAAUGGAGAUAUUGUAGAAGCUCUUGCCGUUUGCCACUUGGAUACUUCACAGUGGAGUCGUAAUCAUGUGUCGUUUAAAGUGCUUGGAAUUGAACCUGGGUCCUCCGAUGUCUGCCAUUUCUUCCCAGAAGACAAUCUAGUGUAUGUUCCCAUGCCUACUAUGUCUAAUAAUCUAAGAAAUGUAAUGUGAGCUCUGCAUUCCUGAGUGAUCAAUGUAAUGUGCCAAUAAAAUUUUCAGAUAAAAUUGAACUUCCAUGUCUUCACAUGAGUUUUUAGA